AUGAUCUUGAGAAGAGACGGCUGGCGUAGGGAUUACCGACAACCUACAGCUAGCCUGGGACAGAUCCGAUGGCUGUAUUCUCCUACAUUUGGACAAUAUCUCGGCAACCGGCUACACAAAACACCUGGACGGAGUCUUGUAUCGGACUCUAAUAAUAUCGGAGGACAUUUACCAUUUCUAAAUUACACGCAAGGUUACCCUACGACUAGGGUUCCCUCAGAAGAUUAUCUAUAUCACGAACUGGGUUUUGUGACAACUGACAAUGGGACUCCUUGGUCACCAUCGCAUCACGGAGAUCUGGGUGACAGGCACCUCGCCACUACGGCAGAAUCGAAGGGGCUCCCGAUCCUAUUGACUCCAUUCUGGGCUAUCCACUGCCCUUCCACUGUCUCCCAUCUUACGGACAACCCACAAGAUACCAUUGGAGACUUUGGCGGCUCACGUUCCACGACAGGACUUUUCGUAUGCCGCGAGGCGUCAUACACCCCAGAACCAGUAUCGGAAUACACUCGGUUAUGGGUCUUAGUUUUGGUUCUCUCUAUUCCUACAGGUUUGACCUAUGGAUUUGGAUACUCACUCCAACUAACCCUCGAAGAAUCUCACAAUCGAGACAGCCUCUCUCUCUCCCUUUGUAUACUAUACCUUUCACACCAGUUAUGGCCACCACGUUACCGGGUGGGCACGUUGACCAUUGCUCAUAUGGUUGCGGAGAUUGAUUGGUUAUCGGUCAUUCGGGUCAUGGAUGCAUCUCAGACAUCCAAACGCAUCUUCCUUCGCCGAUGUUCAUUGGCCGGGUCACAAGAAGAGACUUUUAGGGUGUUCUACUUCCUCUGAUUCUUCACACAUCCUGUGUUAUUCCAUAGCGUUAAAAAUGCAAAAUACGAAGCCUCCUAUCCUGUUAUAAAAUUGUAGAUUAUGCUAGCACAGUGUACCUAUAAUCUUAAUUUUAUUAAGGACAGGAGGCGAGUAUUUUCCCACCCUGCUUUUUCCCUACCUAUUUAUUAUUCAUUGGGUUGUACUUCAAUAAAAUAUUUGAAUUCAGGGUGUGUGGUUAUCUCUCUAUUACGUGGUUUAUUGCAUAUCACAUCUUGAAAUUACGACUGCUAUCUGUUAUGAUUUCCUAAUACAUUUCAAUUUGACUAUAUUAAUGUCUCUAUUAUAGCUACCUAUUUCGGUUAAAAAAUUCUUGUCUCAUCUGAUAAAUUCCUUUUACGUAAAGUACUACGGAAUAAACUGGCGUUUUAUAAACAGUAAUAUUGUUUAUGCUAAUAAUGAGGACAAACAGUUAAUUUCCAAAUCCCUUUCACGUCUUUUGUUUCUUUUCAGUUUGAUUCUUCUUCAUGGAUCAAUACAUGGGAUCGUCUUCACACUCUAUGACAAUCUUCCAGUCGAGAUUCGGAUCAUUUACAGCCUGAUUCUUCGUCGUUAUCAUUAUUUAUUGUAAUAGUAGGAUAUGUUUAUGAUUAUCUCGCACCAAAGAAAGAGGAAAUGAUGCAAGAGGAAGGGCCUUUUAUACCCUAUGGCAAUGUUUUUUUGUUGUUGGUUUUUUUCACUAAACUUUAUUGUUAAACCUAUGCUGCUGGAGUUUUAGUAAAGAAAGAUUAUGCAAAAUACUCGCCUCCUGUCCUUAAUAAAAUUAAGAUUAUAGGUACACUGCGCUAGCAUAAUCUACAAUUUUACAUGUAGGCAGGUUUUUAUGAUUUUUUCAUACACAGCAAAACAAGGCCAUUACUAUCCCAAACAAUUCAUCCUAUCAUAAUUCUUGCAGAAUUAGAGUCCAUGCAGCCAUGCAUGUUUUACUCACUGCUCCUGCGGCAAUUUUAAAUCUACAAUAUGUCAGGUAGAUAAGUAUAGUGCCACUGUCACUAACCCAAUGGGUCCCAAUAACUGUCAGUAACCCAAUGGGUCCCAAUAACUGUCAGUAACCCAAUGGGAGGGGAGGCCAUAGAACUUAACACGUGCCCAUCUCGGCUGGACGUCCAGGCCAUGCCUCCAGGUUAUAUGGCAGAUACAUAUCAAGGUAAAUGAAUUUUCCCAAGUUGUUCCGCAAGACAAACCGUUUUUCUAUGUGUUUCAGUUUUUUGAUUGUAAUACGUAUAGAUUUAUUGGCUUCUGUUUAUCUUACCCCAUAGAUGUGUUGGAGCUACUAUCCGAAGAUUAA